UUGUAAAACAAGACGUAAUUAGUGCUAGUAAUGAAUUUCUGAACUCUUAAUAUUGAUGAUGCAUGAAUAACUUUCCCCGUGGUUCUGUGAUCUCUUACUGUUCAAAAAGGUACUGCAGAAAGCUCAGAAACAGAAUAAUAUUUAUGGAAAAGGCCGCAAAGUUGAUUGCUUAGAGCAUGGACAUGAUUGGAAUCUAUAAAAACAAAUCAUAUUCCAGGUUUGGAGGGGGUCCCUAUUUAUAGUGGAAGACAAAAUGGUAAGAUUGAAUUGUGCUUCGAAGCUCAAGAAUUUUUACCAUACAGAGAGAGAGGAGAGAGGGGAUUUCUCUAAUUGCUUUACGCAUAUUGCUUGAGAUGAACUGCUGUGGACAAUGGAAGCCUGUUGUUGCAAUGAUAGCUGUUAACUUUGCGUUGGCUAUAACAAAUGUGCUUGUCAAAAUGAUUCUAGAUGAAGGAGUGAGCCAUAUAAUCAUCUUAAUGUACCGUCAAGCAAUUUCUGCUGUUUUCUUGGCACCAAUUGCCUACUUUUGGGAAAGAAAAAGCAGACCCAAGCUCACAGCUCGUAUUUUAUGCCUGCUUUUCAUCAAUGCUCUUAUAGGGGCAACACUCACACAGUACUUUUUCCUUCUUGGACUUGAAUAUACUUCGGCAACGUUCUCAUGUGCAUUCAUAAAUAUGGUUCCUGCAAUCACCUUUAUGUUGGCGCUACCAUUUGGUCUAGAGAAGGUGAAUAUCAAAAACAAGGCCGGGAUAUGGAAGAUUCUUGGUACGUUGGUUUGCAUCGGUGGAGCUAUGCUUUUGACCCUUUACAAAGGAAAGGCAUUGGUCAGAUCAAAUUCACGGGCCACAACUCAUGUCAUAAACUAUGCCAAUACAAUGAUUUCAACUAAGAAGAAAGAGAGAUGGGCCAUUGGCUCGAUAUUUCUGGCGGCGGGAUCCACCUUUUGGUCAUCAUGGUUCCUUCUGCAAGCCAGUAUUGGAAGGACAUAUCCGUGCCAAUAUUCCAGCACUGCUUUUUUGUCUUUCUUCAGUGCAAUUCAGUCAGCCAUCAUCAGUUUGAUAACAGAGAGGGACUUUACCAAAUGGAUUUUGAAAGAAAAACUGGAACUAAUAACAGUGGCAUAUAUGGGAACGGUGGCGUCAGGCUUGUGCUAUGUGGGAAUGUCCUGGUGUGUCAAACAAAAGGGUCCAGUCUUCACAUCUGCGUUCAGUCCACUCGUGCAAAUAUUUGUAGCCAUGUUCGAUUUCUCCAUUCUACAUGGACAAAUCUACUUUGGAAGCGUCAUUGGAUCUAUCCUAGUUGUAAUUGGUUUAUAUAUCCUGCUCUGGGGCAGAAACUCUGAGGCAGAAGAAACUCAACAGCUGAAGCAGCCCCAAGUAAAAGAAGAAGAGAACUGUAAUGCAAGGUCACAAGUCUAAUCAAUCUCUACUUUCUACCUAGUCAACUAGCUAGAAUUGCAAGUUUUUUGUUGUGUCCCAAUCUUCCUCUCAAGAACCACUCAUCGAAAUAAAUAUUUCUUUAAUUUAUGCUUCCUAUUGAUCAUGUACUUGUUUCCCGAGUUCCAAUGAA